GCUCAGCCGUGAACACACCAGCUGCCAAGCAAAGUCCGAGUGCAAUCCGGCCCAGUGCUUCCUGCGCCGAGACCCCAGAGCCGGGUCAUCCUCCCGCCCGCAGAGGCCGGACGCGUCUAUCAAGCGGCCCCGAUGGAGCGACAGACGCCUGGAAGGCACACUUGGCGCCAAGUAGUUCGAAACUUUUAAAGAAACCCACCUUUCUUGUGCAUAUGAAAUGAAUCCAUGAAGAUGUCCCUCUCCGAGUCGCGCUUCCAGUCCCAUCUGCACUGAGACAAGGCAACGCGCUCUACAUUUGGCGUGCAUCCAUGAUGGCUGCCGGCACCGGAAAGGACAAGGGAAUCGACGGCGCAGAGAAAGACUCUGUCGCACCACAGGCCACAAACCCUCAGGAUGCCGGCGAGGAGAAGAAGGAUGAUGAAAACGCCUGGAAUGCGUAUUGGCGCAUUUUUCGAUAUGCCGGCGCCUUCGAGUACACGCUCCAAGCCAUAGCCGUGGUCGCCGCUCUCGCCUCCGGCGCCGGUAUCGCCCUGCAAAACCUGAUUUUCGGAGCAUUCGUGACCGUCAUUACGGACUACGCCUCAGGGGAGUCGACGAUAGAUGUCUUUCUCGAUGACAUUGCAGACUUGGCGCUCUAUUUUGUCUAUCUCGGCAUCGGCAGAUUCGUCCUCUCGUACGUCUUCAAUGCCCUCCUGACCUAUGCUGCCUACCGGAUCGUGCGCAAUAUACGGCAUGCCUACCUCCGGUCGGCGUUGGGCCAGGAAGUGGCCUACUUUGACUUUGGCUCGGGUGGUUCCAUCGCUACGCAGGCGACGUCCAACGGCCGUCUGAUCCAGGGCGGCAUCUCGGAGAAACUGGGCCUCACCUUCCAAGGCAUAGCCGCUUUCGUCACGGCUUUUGUGGUUGCCUUUGCGACUCAAUGGAAGCUCACGCUCAUCACGCUAUGCAUCGUCCCGGCCAACUUCCUCGUCAUCGGCGUCGUCGCAACUAUCCAAACCGGCUACGAGACCAAGGUCCUCGAGAUCCUGGCCCAGGCCAACUCGUUUGCCGAAGGCGUGCUCGCCAGCGCCCGAACCGUGCACGCCUUUGAGAUGCGGUCCAGGCUCGUGGCCAAGUUUGACGAAUAUCUCACGCAGGCUCGACGGUGGGGGGACAAGAACUCGCCCCUUUUUGGCGUGCUUUUCUCGGUCGAGUACACCAUCAUUUACCUGGGAUUCGGCCUCGCCUUUUGGCAGGGUGUCCACAUGCUGGCCCGGGGCGAGAUUGAGUCGUCUGGCCAGAUCUUUACGGUGCUGUUGUCUGUCGUCAUUGGGUCCGUUCAAAUCACUAUGUUGGCCCCUUACUCGAUCGAGUUCACUCGCGCUGCGACGUCUGCUGCCGCCUUGUUCAAGCUCAUCGACCGAAAGUCAGCUAUUGACCCGUUCGACAAAUCUGGCGAGCGGCCGUCGGAAGUCCAUGGACUCCUGGAGCUCGAGAACGUCUCGUUCGCCUACCCAACGCGUCCGGGGGUUCCGGUGCUGGACGACUUUUCGCUGACGGUGCCAGCAGGCAAGGUGACUGCUUUGGUGGGUCAAAGCGGUUCCGGCAAGAGUACUAUUGUCGGACUCAUCGAGAGAUGGUACAGUCCAUCCUCGGGAACCAUCAAACUCGAUGGGAGACCCAUCGACACGCUGAAUCUCAACUGGCUUCGCAAGAAUGUCCGGCUUGUUCAGCAAGAACCCGUAUUGUUCCAAGGGUCGGUCUUUGACAACAUCGCUCAUGGCCUCGUCGGCACCCCUUGGGAGAAGGCCUCCAGGGAGGAACAAAUGGCGCAGGUUCAGGAAGCGGCCAAAGUAGCCUUUGCCCAUGACUUUGUCCUGGAACUCCCGAACGGAUAUGAUACCGACAUUGGCCAGCGCGGAAGUCUCCUGUCUGGCGGCCAGAAACAGCGGAUCGCUAUCGCCCGCAGCAUCGUGUCUCGUCCCAAAGUCCUGCUUCUUGAUGAGGCAACAAGCGCGCUGGAUCCCCACGCCGAGGGUGUGGUCCAGCAAGCACUGGACAGGGCCGCCGAGGGACGCACAACCAUCGUCAUCGCUCACAAGCUGGCCACCAUCCGCAAGGCUGACAACAUUGUUGUCAUGUCCAAGGGUCGCAUCGUCGAGCAGGGAACACACGAAGGCCUCAUUGCUGAAAAUGGCACCUACGCAAGGCUUGUCAGGAUCCAGGAUCUCGCUGUCGGAGCGGCCGGAUCGGGGUCCGAUGCCGAGCAGGACGAUGCGACUGUUGAUGACGAGGGCCAUCCCGCUGAGCUUACCAAGACCAUGACUCGAUACGCUACCGAAGAUCUGGCCCGGCUGCAGGCUCAGAAGGAGCGUUAUGACUUUGACAAGCACAAAAAAGUCGGCUUGAUUGCCGUCAUCUUGCGCUUGAUCAAGUACACCCCGGAGCUGAGCUGGUGGUAUCUGGGAGUAAUGGCCGCCUGUGUAGGAGCAGCCGCCCUCUUCCCUGGCCAGGCUAUACUGAUAUCCAAGAUGAUGGACGUUUUCACGCUUACGGGCGAAGCCAUGACGGACCGUGGGGACUACUUUGCUUCCAUGUUCAUCGUCCUGGCUGCUGGCUGCCUUGUCUUUUACUUUCUCAUGGGCUGGUCGGUGAACGUCGUUGCCCAGACCCUUUCACAUAAACUCAGGAGACAAAUCUUCCACGACAUUCUGCGUCAGGAUCUGCAGUUUUUCGACCGCCCCGACAACAGUACUGGCGCCUUGGCAAGCCGCGUCGACUCAAAUCCGCAGUCAGUUUUUGAACUGAUGGGCUUCAACGUCGGCCUCAUCUUCAUCGCCGUCCUGAAUGUCCUAGCUUGCAGUAUCCUAGGCGUCGCUCACACCUGGAAGCUUGGCUUGGUCGUCGUCUUUGGCGGGUUGCCUCCGCUCCUCACUGCUGGGUGGCUCAAGAUCCGGUUGGAUAUGAGGCUCGACCAUGAAGUCUCCAAAAAGAACUCGACAAGUGCGUCUAUCGCGUCGGAAGCCAUCACGGCCAUCCGCACCGUUUCGUCCCUGGCGAUCGAGGAGCGCGUUCUCCAGCGGUACACGGCCGAGCUGGAUCAUGCCGUGUCUGGAUCGGUCAAGCCCCUUGCGGGUGUGAUGGUCUGCUUUGCGUUGACCCAGUCCAUCGAGUACUGGUUUCAGGCCUUGGGGUUUUGGUACGGCUGCCGCCUGGUCGCCUUCAAUGAGACGUCCAUGUACAACUUCUUUGUGGCUUUCAUGGCUGUUUUCUUCUCGGGCCAAGCUACCGCCCAGAUGUUCCAAUUCUCGACCAGCAUAACCAAGGGAAAGAAUGGGGCCAACUACAUCUUCUGGCUCUCCGAGCUGCAACCCACGGUGCGCGAGACGAGUGAAAACCGCGAGAAAGGGCCAAAGUCAGGGGGACCAAUCGUUUUGGACAACGUGCGGUUCUCAUACCCCUUGCGCCCGGAUGCUGUUGUUCUGCGGGGGGUAGACCUGGAGAUCAAAAAAGGCCAGUUUGUGGCGGUUGUUGGUGCGUCGGGCUGUGGCAAGUCGACCGUCAUUGCCAUGCUCGAGCGCUUUUACGACCCUUCCACAGGAAACAUCCGCAUCGACGACGCCAUCCUCAGCGAGCUGAACCCGCGUCUCUACCGCCGAAUCGUAGCCCUUGUCCAGCAAGAACCUACUCUUUUCCAGGGAUCCAUCCGCGAUAACAUCGCCCUCGGCAUCGACGACCCAACCGCCGCCGUCGACAGCGCGGCAGCCUCGGCAGCCAGCAGCGGCCCCUCGGUCCCAGACUCCCAGAUUGAAGCCGCCCUCCGCGCCGCCAACGCCUGGGAGUUUGUGGCGUCCCUCCCCGAAGGCCUGUCCACUGCAGCCGGCCCCAACGGCACCCAGCUCUCGGGCGGCCAGCGGCAGCGCAUCGCCAUUGCGCGCGCCCUGAUCCGCGACCCCAAGAUCCUCCUCCUCGACGAGGCCACCAGCGCGCUGGACACGGAGAGCGAGAAGAUUGUCCAGAAUGCCCUGGCCGAAGCCGCCAAGGCGGGCGAUCGCAUCACCCUGGCCGUGGCCCAUCGUCUGUCGACUAUCAAGGAUGCCGAUCUGAUCUGUGUCUUCCAUGGUGGCAAGAUUGUGGAGAGGGGCACGCAUGAAGAGUUGAUUGCUCAAGGGGGAAUGUACCGCAAGAUGUGCGAGGCGCAGAAUUUGGAAUAAGUCACGGUUUGUAAGAUUGAUUAGUUCGGUUCGUCAUUUCUUUUGUUGUUACCAGCAGGGGUUGCCUUCAGCACAGUUAAAAGUAGGUAGAUUGGUAAUAUGUAGAAGCAGGGAACUUAAAAGAGUGCCUUGCACCUCUCCG